AUGUUCUACUCGAGUCCUAGUGGUAUUCGUAUGCGCGCAACGAAAAAAUCCUACGAUACCUAUCUUCAUCUGCGUUCCGAUUGGCACGUGUCCGUAUUUCUCUGCCUAUUAGACAAUUGGUCUUUCUAUGCGACCGGGCAUCAACCGACUCUGGCCGAUAUCCCCUGGGAUGCAGCGUUCGCUAUCCACGUGGGUGAUCAUACAACACACGUGUUACCCGCCCUGUUGGUGCUCACACAUCUGUUCGCUGGUCCGUUACUUGUGGCCACCUCUGUUCCGCUUUGUCUCACCGCUCCACUAAUCUGGUCCAAUCUGUUGGGCUGUUCGGAUUUGAAACGACACUCCCAUCUGUCCGAAUUAAUGUUCCCGAUAUCGGAACACAAUGCUGCACAGUUCACUGCUGCGUUGGAUCGUCUGUGUUGGCGAGUAUUCUACGGUAAAUCCAUUUUGACACUAGGCAGUGUACUCGGUGUGGGCGUGCUUCGUCGUCAUUUGAUGGUAUGGAAAAUUUUCGCUCCUCGACUGAUUUUCUCCAUCGCCAGUCUUCUGGUGACCGGGCUGGCUUUACUACUGGUCCGUUCGACCACUGUGUUCGGUGUUCAUCGAGCGGCUGUUCGAUACUGCACCCGGUCAACCGUAAACAUCACGCCCCAGUUGCGUUCGACCAUGGCCACUGUCUCACAUGGAUCGGAUAGCCGGACAGGUCGCGCAUAA